GUGUCGUAAAUUUCCAUAUCUUAUCAUAUGUUUCUUCCUACCGUCACAUUUGCUUAUCUCUCAACCCAACUCAAAAACUAAAAAAAUUAUCUAUUAAAAUGAACACUUGAAAUUCUUAUCGUUCGUUAUCGCGCGCGACCGAGGGCGGAUUUUGUACAGAGAAGUACGGAGACACUUAAGCAGAAAUACUAGGAACAUAAAUACCACGAUUAUUUUUACCCCCCAAAUUUCCGGUUCGCCCCGGGAUCUGUUCGUCGACGUGCUUUUUUUACUCACUGAGUGCUCACAAACAACCUAACCUUAAAAAAAAUUAACACUACAUUGCAAGAUUAAAAACCCCCUUCACAAAAAAUAAUAUGAACCCCACGGAGGUGACAGUCUUGGUUACAGGAGGUGGCGGUUACAUUGGGACCCAUGCAUGUUUGGAGCUCUUGAACCGUGGUCAUAACGUUAUAGCCGUUGACAAUUUCUCUAAUUGUUACAAGCAGGAUCAUCUUGCCCAGCCGGAGUCGCUCAUACGAGCCCAGAUACUCGCCGGCAGGCGCCUGUUGUUUUACAAUGUCUGCAUCCUGGACAGUGAAGGUCUCGAGAAGGUCUUCCAGGAUCAAGCGAAGAAGAAUAAAACGAUCGACGUGGUCAUCCACUUCGCUGCGCUGAAGGCUGUCGGCGAGUCGUGUUCGAACCCGUUGGCCUACUACAAGAACAACGUCGGCGGUACCAUGAAUCUCCUGGAAGUAAUGGAAAAAUACGGUUGCAAGAAGAUAAUCUAUUCGUCUUCCGCAACGGUGUACGGGAUUCCGGACCAACUGCCCUUAUCCGAGACUGACCUCGCCGAGGCGUCGAGUUGCUCCAAUCCGUACGGGAAAACCAAAAGGAUGACCGAAGAGAUUAUGAUGGAUAUCUGUGCCGCUUUUAUGGACGAUUCCAAGAAGUUUAGUCGUUCCCAAGCAAUCGCAAGAGCGAAGGCCGUCGUCAGAGAUGUUUUCCAAGCUAUAAACGAUGUCGAAGACUACGAUGAAGAUUCUGAAAAUGUAUUCGUCAGGGCUUUUUUCAAGUGGUAUCUCAGAAACCGUAAAAGGUUGCCGCUCAACGAGAAAGCAGUCGUCGGGUCGAAUCUCGCUCACAAAAAGGCUAGGUCGACGUACACUUGUGAAGAAAUUUUGAAGGACGUCGUCAAAGAUUUUGAGGACUGGGGCGUGAUAUCUCUGAGGUAUUUCAACCCCGUCGGAGCCCACCCUUCAGGGCUCAUCGGAGAAGAUCCGAACGGGGUGCCAAACAAUCUGAUGCCGUACAUCACCCGGGUGGCCGCAAAGAGGCUGGACCGGCUCGUAGUCUUCGGCGGCGACUACCCGACCCGAGACGGGACGGGCGUGAGGGACUACAUCCACAUAAUGGACCUCAUCGAUGGGCACAUGAAGGCGCUGGAUAAAAUCAUCAAGAUGACUGGGUUUAAAGUGUACAAUCUGGGCACCGGCAGGGGCUAUUCCGUGCUCGAAGUCAUAAAAGCCUUCUCGGAAGAAAAUAAGGUCCACGUUCCGUACGUGAUAGAAGGCAGAAGGGAAGGGGACGUCGCGGAAAGCUACUGCGACGCAUCUUUGGCCCUCAGGGAACUCGAUUGGAUCGCAACGAGGACCCUCAGGGAAAUGUGUGCCGACGCCUGGAAAUUCCAGUGUAAGAACCCCCAGGGCUACCUGACCCCGAGGGACCCGGAGUGCCUCGUCCACUCGCCACAGAAGCUGAGGAAGCUCCUGAACGAGAUCACUGCCGUCGAACUCGCCCGGGCCGAGAGGAAGCUCGAGUUCGACAAGCUGCAAAUCGAGAGCGAACUGAAGAAGAAAGAAGAACAGGUACUCGUCACCGAACUGAGGAGGAGGCUCAGAGAGGCCGAGAGGCUGAAACAGAGCACUUGCACCAACACCAACUCGUUACCAUUCUGCUACGACUGUCCUCCAAUGACGCUCAAUAAAUUGUAAAACCCAAAAAAUACUCUGGUUACAUUUUUAAAAUUAUGACUGACAUUUAGCGAUCGUAUAAAACGUCAGGUGGGAAGACUAGAUUCUUCCUACAUCUCCAUUUAAAAAAGUUUAUCCAUAAAAUUUAACUAUUAAAAAACUAAUCCUAAGUCAAUUAAUAAAUAAUUAAAAUCGAAUCGAAAAUGUGAUUAGCUACAUCUGUCUAAUUGGAAAAACUUAUAAUUUUGUCCAUUUUCUAUGAUGUACUGUUGGAUAAAUGUAAGCUAAAGGUCGAUUCACACACCAUUAACGUCACAGUGCCGUGACCGACAUUUUGUUCCACCGGCGGAUUUGAAAAUAAUCUUUUGGAAACUGAACGGCUUUGUUCACACUCGCCCGGCGCGCGACCGUGGCCUUGCCAACAGUGCAGCCAUCGUCACCGGACCGUGAUCGUCGGAUUUCGAUAUUUUACAGUUUUCACGGCCGUACAAAAUGAACGAGGAGAAACUAAUUGACUGGUACGAAAUAAUGCUAACGUUUGAUCAGGCAAAUUCAAAAUACAUGGGCUCAAAUUUCAUGAAUACUCCCUGGAGGAAAAUAGGGGCAGAAAUCAAAACAUAGCGAGUAAAGUAGGAGUAUAUUUCCUGUAUUUACAUUAUAAUUAGGAACAGAGUAUAAUAAAUUAUGAUCUAUGAUUA